AACUUUAGUUUCACAGAGCCUCAGCUCGAACAAUUCGAUAAAUUGUGUACCCGCAUUUGCAAAAGUGAACCCUAGAUAUGUGACAAACACUUUGCCAGUCAGCUGACAGCCUUUAAAUUAUCCAAUCAGUGCAACAAAGCUUUAUCUGAUUCAUUUUAACGACCUUUUGUUUGAAUUGAAAAUCUUUAAAAUGAACCAGCCGAGCGGCAUGCCUGAUGACAAAUUUUUGUGGGAUGUAUUUCAACGUGUUGACAAGGACAAGAGCGGGUUUAUUUCCGCUGAUGAGCUGCAGAUGGCGCUUUCGAAUGGCACUUGGUCUGCCUUCAAUCCGGAAACGGUACGGCUGAUUAUUGGGAUGUUCGAUCGCGAGAAUCGUGGCACAGUUUCCUUUCAGGACUUUGGAGCAUUGUGGAAAUACGUAACCGAUUGGCAAAAUUGUUUCCGUUCAUUUGACACCGACGAUUCGGGCUUUAUUGAUAGGCUGGAGCUAAAAAACGCACUCACAACCUUUGGAUUUCGGCUAACGGAUCAACUGAUUGAAAUCUUACUUCAUAAAUUUGAUCGGUUUGGUCGAGGAAAUAUUCUGUUUGACGAUUUCAUACAAUGUUGCAUUGUGCUAUACACACUGACAGCAGCCUUCAGGGAAUACGACACAGACAUGAAAGGCGUCAUAACCAUAGACUAUGAACAGUUCCUACGAAUGGUAUUCGCACUUAAGAUAUAAUAAUGCGAUGUGUAUUUAGAAAAGUAAAAUUAUUCCGACACCCUAAAAAUAUGAUGGAAAUAAAAUUUUCAUGCAGUGAAAA